GGUAGCACUGUGCUCUCCGUCAACACUGCCGUUGGCGAUGUGAAACUCAAAGCCUCCAUCACCAAUGCCCUGGCCUCAUCCUUCGCCUUCUCGCUCGAGAAGCCCAGCUCCUUCUCCGUCAACUACUACUACUCGCCUGAAAAAGUAAUCAACAACGUAGUUACAACUUCCAUUGAUUCCUCUAGCUGAUUGUGAUCAACAGGGGGAGGUUGACCUGCCAAACUUGGAGUUCAAGUUUGCGGACUCAGUGAAGGUGAUGGGGAGGAAGGUGAGCUUGGCGUACAUCCACGCUAUGCAGAAGAGGAAGAUGACGGUGGAGGGGUUGAUGGAGUUGAACGAGGAGAAUAAGGUGGCAGUGAGCCACGUGGUGGGCACCAAGGACUGCAAUCUCAGGUACACGUUUGCGCGGCGCAAGUUGGUGGUGGUGGAGCCGGUGUACGACUUCAAGGACAGGGCAUGGGCAGUGGCGGUGUCGAGGUCAUUCGACAGCGGCGACGCCAUGAGAGGGAGCUACGAGGCGAAGAACAGAAAGCUUGAGCUGGAGUGGAGCAGAACCUUCACGGAUAAAGGAUCCUUCAAGAUUUCUGCAUCAUUUAUGAAGAAGGAUCAAGAAAUAAUUCCAAAAAUCAUGGCUGAAAGCACAUGGAGCUGUAAUCUUUGACUCCCAUUGUAAGAUUUUUCUUUUUUGUUAUUUAAUUUAAUUUAGAAUAUCUUUAAAUAAAAUUCAGCAGUGUAUUUUUAUAGAGUAAUACUACUUUUCAUAGAGUAAUGAUUUGUUGGUGCUUAUUUAAGUCUGAUUAAAUUUAAGAA